GUGAUUUCUAAGAUGGUGUCGUCCUUCGUCCUCUUGCAUCCCGGCCGUGAAUAUCUACUAUCUACUGUAAAUAUCCCCCGCCGCAAGACGGACUGCGCCUAAUUUCUCCCUCCUCCCACCCCCAACUGCAUGAAUCACAUGCAAACAAUUGCCCAUCACCAUCCAAGGGACAGACAGACACACAAAUGUCCAUAAAAAACGUAGCCCUCGUGGGCGCAAACGGCUCCCUCGGCUCCGUCCUCCUCUCCUCCCUCGUCAACUCAGGCGCCUUCACCAUAACCGCCAUCAUCCGCCCCAGCUCCUCCUUCACCUCCCCCUACCCCGCCUCCCAAGUCCGCGUAGCCCACACCGACGACGCCCUCUCCUCCGCCUCCCUACAAGAGGUCCUAGCAGGCCAAGACGCCGUCAUCGCCGCCUUCCGCUACCACGACCCAGACGCCCACAUCCGCCUCGUCGAAGCCGCCGCCCUCGCCGGCGCGCGCGUCUUCAUCCCCGCCGACUUUGGCAGCAUCGACGCCGACCACCCGCGCGCCCGCCAACUCGUGCCGCUGUACAACCACAAGCUCGCCGUGCGGCGCCGCGCCCAGGAACUCGCCGAGGAGUUCGCGCCGCGUUUCACCUGGACGGGCAUCGUGUGCGGGCAUUUCUUCGAGUGGGGGGUUCGCGAGGGGCAUUUCCGCGCCGACUUGGCGAGGCGCGUCGCGGAUGUCUUGGAUGGCGGGGAGCAUCGGGCGAGCACUACCACGCUGGCGAGGUUGGGGGAGGCCGUGGUGCGGAUCCUUGAGCUGAGUCAGGGGGAGGGCGGCGGCCCUUCGUCCGAGGCUAUUAGGAAUAAGACGCUGUUUUUGCAGAGCUUUUGCAUCUCGCAGAAUGAGCUUGUUCGCGCGUUGGAGAGGGCUACGGGGUCGACGUGGGAUGUCAACCCUCUUGACUCGGAGGAGUUCAUCCGGGAGAGCAAGCGUAGGGUCGACGAGGGGGGUAAGGAGGCUGUGGAAGAUGUGGUUUUCGCCCUGGGUGCCUUGUAUUCCGACUGGACUCGGCGCGAGGACUUUAGGAUCACCAUGGAGACGUUGGGCUUUGAGGACGAGGAUUUGGAUGAGGCUCUGGCUGCCGCAUUGCGUGGGUAGACUACACGGGAAAGGGACAGACGAGACGAGUAGCCAUAGAGAGUCUAUUUCCAAGUGUUCAUAAGAACUUGACAUGAAUGAAAAGAUGUACGAGUG